AGCAAGAGCGCACGGUAGUGCUUGACGCUUCGCCCAUUUUUCGCGGCAUUUUGCCCCCAACCGCGGCAAAAACAAACAAAAAAAAACGCAUCACGUGUUUUCCCCAGUGUUUUUUUUUAGUGACGUGUCUAAGAACCAGGAUUAUUGUGAAAUUUUCUGUGCUGCCAGCAUUUUUGUGCCGGAUUUUUUUGUGGUUCGCGCUUUGAAGGAAAGAAAAAUAAAUCAAGCAGCGCCCUCUAUAACUCAUCUGCACUAAAAAUAAGAUGGCGCCAACGUUCCGUGUUAACCCUGAAAUAGCAUCGGACGGUCUAUCCAGCGGGGGGAGCUGAAUAUCCGGACAAAAUGUGAAUGUUAAAAAUAGUCCGGAUAUCCUUGUUAUGUUAUACAUUUAGUGUAGCGGGAAUAGUGAAAGCAUGAGGGACUUGCGGUUAAAAGUGACGAGUAGGGGUGUUAAACCAUUAUUUCUGCUGCUACGGACCCAUAGUGCGUUUUUUAGUGUGCUAGUGUUAGUUGGUGUUGUUGAACAGUGUGGUGGUUAUCAUGAACAGAAGUUUGCUAUGGAGCCGCAGGAUCAGACGGCGGUAGUAGGAUCAAGGGUGACGUUGCCCUGCCGGGUGGAGAACAAGGCAGGUCAGCUGCAGUGGACAAAAGACGACUUCGGACUUGGUCUACACAGGGAGCUUAGUGGCUACGACCGGUACAAGAUGAUCGGGAGUGAUGAAGAAGGGGAUUAUUCCUUGGACAUCAGAGAUGUAACACUGGAGGACGACGCCAAGUACCAGUGCCAAGUCAGCUCCGGGAGCAGAGGAGAACCGGCGAUUAGGUCGCGAUACGCGCGCCUCACCGUGUUGGUGCCCCCCGAACCGCCAAAAAUUCUGGAAGGCAAUUUCUACUCUACAAUCGAAGACAGAAGCAUCAAAUUGGAAUGCAUCUCCGUGGGCGGGAAACCCCCGGCUGAGAUCACGUGGGUGGACAGCAACGCUGGUGUUUUGACGCAAGGCGUGACGUAUACUGUGGAACCUUUGUCGGAUGGUCAGAGGUUUACUGCAAGAUCCAUCAUCAAAAUGACGCCAAAGAAAGAGCACCACAACCAGACCUUUACGUGUCAAGCACAGAACACAGCUGACAGGGCGUACCGAGCGGCCAGCAUACAGAUUGAGGUCAAAUACGCGCCGAAGGUGAAAAUAUUCAUAAAGAACAAAAAGAACGGAAAAAUUCCUGAAGGCAGCGACGUCACUAUUGCAUGCAGAGCUGACGCCAACCCAUCCAACCUCACCUUCAAGUGGUAUCUGAACGACGACGCCAUCGUUGGAAAUACGACUGAAAUUAAAAUCUACAAUAUUACAAGAAAAUACAGCGACGCCAUAGUAAAAUGCCAAGUCUUCAACGAUGUGGGGAAAACUGAGGAGUCUGAAACGUUAGAAAUAACAUAUGCACCAUCAUUCCGAAACAGGCCGAGGGACGUGGAAGCAGAAAUAGGCACCCCCAUCACUCUCAGCUGUGACGUGGAUGGACAUCCCACUCCUGAGAUUAACUGGCUCCAUCAUGAAGAAGACCAGAUGAUUCGCGUCGGCAAGACUCCCAACCUGACCCUAAGCGUAGACACACACACUGCAGGCAGAUACGUGUGCAAAGCUAGUAUAGAAGGCUUCACGGAGGUGGAGGCGGAGGCGUCUGUGUUUAUAAAAGGUCCACCAAAGAUCCUGUCCAACCAGACCCAGUAUGGGUCCCAAGGGGACACCGUGAACAUCGAGUGCGCAGCGUUUGCUGUCCCCAGGAUCGACACCAUCGUGUGGACUUUUGAUGGAAAGGAGAUUGAUGCUAUACAUGAUCAGGACUAUGCAUUCCUCGAGGAUCUCCAGCCUGGAGGCGUAGUCAACUCCACCCUGAUCAUCAGAGAGAGCCAGUCCAAGCACUUCGGAGUUUACAAGUGCAACGUGUCCAAUGAAUAUGGUAGCGAUACCUUGGAGAUCGUGUUGAAACCUAACAAAACGUUCCCGCUCCUGCUAAUCCUAUUCGGGGUGACCUCAGGGACGAUCCUGGUCGCCUCUGUGAUAAUGCUGGUGAUACUCUGCCAACGAAAGCAGAGAAAGAGCAAGCAGACCCAGAUGACAGAGAAGCCAGACGUGACAGUGACAGCUGAGGAGCUAUUCAAGGAGAAUGACAGGAAUUCGAACAUAAGCGACUUGAAACUGGAGCUGAGGCAAGCCAAUGGGAGCUGCGAGAUCGACUACUCAAACACCGGCUCAGACAGCACGCUAUGUUCAAACGCCAAACUCGGCAGUGGCGUAGCGUUAGCGGGUGCGGUUCAACUGUCGUCGAUCAAUCAAAAUAGCACCUACCAGCCAUACAGAUACAGUAACGAUUACAAUGACCCGGCGUACGCGGACUGCUACAAGGUCAACGGUUUCGGCAAUGGUUACCAGACGUAUGUGCAUUAUGGGCACGACUAUACUCCCGGCUCUUUGAGGGUACAGUCGCCUACGAUUGGCAGUGACAAACUGACGCCUAAUAGGUCAGUAAACGGCAGCCUGCCAAGAAGUGUAGACACGUCAUCUACCGUCCAGUUCAACCCUGGCAACGGGUCUCAGAACAACUCCUUGCAGCGCACCAAGCGGCAGGACAGCAGCAACGCGCUGAACAACCUUGGGCUACCUUCUGGAGAUGUGAAUCGGAUGCCCAACGGUGGGAUAAUCCACGGGGUGGACGUGCGAUACGCAGCCACAUACGGCAACCCCCACUUGAGAACGGGAGGAGGUAUGGGCUUCGCGAACACUGUUAACACCGCGAAGCCUGCGUCCACCCCAGCUCCCCCUCCGUAUUCGUCGGUUAGGACGUCUGUGGUGUUGCCUUCAGGCAACUCGUCGCAUUCAAUAACGUCGCCGACGUCGUUGGCAUCGCCUCAGUGUACGACGAGCCCUAUCACGACGUCCACAAUGUCGACUGACAGCACACAAGCGGCGGUAACGGUGGCCACGACUUCUGGUACGCCGCAGUCGCCUAGCGCACACUACAUACUAGCGCCUUCAAAUAGGACUAUCACCAAUGCGACUAUUACUAAAAAAGGUAAUGGCCAUCCCCAACCAUUGGCCACACACGUAUAACCAACGUUUGACAUUGCACAGGACUUUGACAACGCGUUAAAAAGAAUUUAACAUAAAACUUUUAAGUGUUUGUGUAAAAUAAAAAAUAGUUUAAGGACGCCUGAUUGACAUAUGAUUCGGAAAGAGGGGUGUUCAUUUUCUAUAAAAAAAAUGUUACUGGAUUUUUAAACCAAAAGCUUAGAUGUUUUCGUAGUUAGUCAAAAUAAUAGUUGGUUUAGAAAAGAUUUUUUAUGCUUGUAAAAAAAAUCUGGAGCCUUGAAAGAUCUCUUUAUAAAAAAAUAACACUAAAAUGUUGAUUUAUACAAACAUGUUUCACUGUUUGCGUGGUUUUUUUUUUUUGCAUUUUUUAAAUAUUUUCAUUUGAGUUCUGGUCACUUUUUUAAGCAUUUUAUAAAAAAAAUCUUUUAUAACUUGAAUGUAAAUGACUGUUGCUAAUGUAUUAGUAUUGCUUAGUAAGUAAAAAUAAAUUGUAGGGUUUGAAUUGUCCGUAUUAGCUAUUUAUACAACUGAUUGAUUCCUACAUAAUAUUAUUAUCUUCAAGGUAAAAUGUUGCGUGUAAAAGAAACGCCCGAUUUUGUUUCGUUGGAAAAUGAACUUGACAUUUUGACUGGUUAUAGGGAAGUGAGUACAGUCGGCCGUAAAAAUGAGCCUAAAACGUAACUUUGGUGACUAUAAUACAUUGUUAAUAAAUCUUAGUUUCUUAUGAUUCUAUGAAUACCCAUUUGCAAGUGUUAAUGAUAUUGUUUUGGAAACAGAAUCUAAACUUUUUUCCUUUGGAAAAUUAUGAAAAAAAUAGAAUUUAAGUAGGUCUCCUAAAAGAAAAAAUAGGUAGUUAAAAUUUUAAAAUCGGUGAAUAACUCAUUUGGCCUAAUAAGCGAUUUCCUGUGGUAUGACGUAAAUGUUAUACAUUGUAUAAAAAAUUAUGAUUAUAAUCUACGUUAUUGUUUGCUGCUGUACAAGACUUCAUGGUAGGUAAUAAGAUAUUUAAUGGGUAUGAAAUGUAAUUUGAUAGCCUCUUUUAUGUCAAUUCUAUCCACAAUACGAAUAUUUUGUGUAACGCAAUGAAUUUCGUCAAUUUUCAAUACUUUGACUGACUUGUUGAAGUUUUCGUGUAAAUAAAAACAUAUUUAUAAGCCAUAAUGAUUAAAAUCAUCUUAAUAUAUUUAAAACUCUCAUUUAAGAAUUUCCUUGAUUUUGAGACAAAUAAUGUAAUUUCUCUUAAUCAUCAUCUCGUUUUUCUCUUUAUUUUUAAGACUUUUUGAGAGAAAAAAAGUGUGCUUACUCUUUUUACUAGACAUCAAAAAAAGAAAAGAUGUUUUCAAUUCGUCUGUAUGUUUUUUUUGUAUGUUCUAUUUAUCGUCGUGCCAUUUUUUCAGAGUGCUAGUGCAAGGCCCUCAAAAGGUCCUGCUCGAAACAACAGCAAUUAAAAAAAAAAAAACUUUACUCAAACUAUUAACCUCUUAAAUUCCGUAAUAAAACUUUUUUAGCACAGGAAUAUUUUAAAAGUGAAAUUUUAUGAAAAUAUCGAGUGCACUUCGUUAUUUAUGAAUAAACUAAACUACCCUCUUCCUUUGGCUAGUAAACUUAAUUGGACAUUGAUGGAACACUAUUUUUACCGAGUUAAAAACUUAAUUUUCUAUAUUGAAGAAAAUGCAAGAUGCUUACUUGCAAAACAUAGUUACUGUUAUUAUCUAGUUUGUGUUUUUAAUAUAUUUAAGAUUUUUAAUUUCAUCAUUUAAGACGAAAUGAAAAAAAUAGUAUUCCUUGCGAAAAAUAUCAUCCAGCACAAAAAGUAUAAGUUAUUUUUCGUUUGAUAACAUUAUUAUCUAUCGGGUAAAUAAAUUUUAUUCGGUUUUUAUUUGUUGUGAACUAAAUUCCCAUCGAAAAUAAUAAUAAUAUAAAUAAUAUUACAACCCCUUGUAGAAUACACAAUAAGCUUUAAUUUACGAAAUGUGCCAUUUUCAUGUCUCAAACAUAUCUGUCUACAUUAAAUAUAAUAAAAAAUAGAUAUAACUUCAUUAUAUUAUUAUUACUAAAAACUUUUAUUAUUCAUAGCACUGAUCUUCCAUUUAGUUACUGUUAGUGCAAUUCGAAAAUUAUUUUAAAAAUUAUCAGAUUUUUAUUUAGAUAAAAUAAAUUUAUAUUUACAGCUUGUAAUGUAUGCUCAAACUUUAAAUGAAAAAAGUAAAAAUUUCGAUCUAAGACUGAUUAGACUAACCUACUCAUGAGUUUGGAUUCGGAUUUCAAUUGUGUGGUUUUAAAAUUGUCUCAAAGGUCUAGAUCCAAUUCCAAUUUAAGACAUCAUCAUCAUCAUCUCAGCCAUAAGAAGUCCACUGCUGAAAAUAGGCCUCCCCCAAUGCUUGUCCUUUACAAUUGAAAGUUGCAGACUUCAUUGUCCAAAAAAUGGUUUCAUACUUUAAAGAUUUAAAAAAAUAUUAUUCUGUACCUUAGGGGGUUAACAUGUUAACAAAGUUAUCAUUUGGGCCAUGUAAAAAAAAUGUCAGACGCCUUUGGUGGCAAAUGAAGUAUCUCUAGCUGGACUGUGACUCAGUUAAAACAACCCACACGAAAAAAGAACAAAAAAAUUACAGUGUUACCCACGCAAAACCUAAAGAGAAAACGUAAUACAAUUGCGACACAUUAAGGCAAUUACUUAUUGAUAAAUGAACUGUAAGUUUGAUUAGCUUAAAAUAAAUGUGGAAAAAUAAUAUUUUCAUCACAAAAGUGUGUCAAUAGGACUGUUUUUAAUCCAUUAAGUAAAUAUUCACUACUAAUAUUUUUUAAUGGAUUGAAAAACAGUCCAACAGUCCUAUAUCAGUGGGCGUAAAAGUCAAUAAACAAACGUGGUCUCUAAUAAUAGAAUCACUGUUUCAUUAUUAAAGGGCCCAAACCUUGAUUGUAUUGAUCAUUUGGAACACGUGGCAUUGUCGUGCCGUUAACCCUUUACAAGGUAGUUCACAGUACCAGUACAAUAUCAAUGCCUUGGGCAUAUUGUACCAUGUAAAGUACUGCUUAUUUUGGAACUUUUAUUUAGGUAUGUGGUGACAAUGAAAAAAUUGUACUUGCCUGUUAAAGGUUAAAAACACAAUAACCCCGCAUUUACCUACACUGUUACAUAAUAAUCUUCGCUUAAAAUUUAAUAAAUAAAACAGUUUAAUAUUUUUUUAUAAUUAAAUUCCUAAAUGCUUUUAUAAUUCAUGGGAUUUGGUGAUAUAUGACUUUUUAAUUCAAUUUUAAAACCACACUAUCAAUUUGUUUCACUUUAUCGAUCUUUUGCUGUUUUGGUAUUCUGUAACUACUAAAAUUAGUUUAGUCUAAUUAACUAUGAAAUAUAGUCGCUUAGAAAUUCAUCAUCCGUCUUUUUAGAUAAAAAAAAAACGCGAAAUCUUUCUCUAUUUUCUAACAUCCUUUGGUUUAUCGAUGCGACCGUGACGACACGUGUUUUGACGUAAGGUUUCCUUAAAUUAUCGUCUUUUGACUGCAAUGUUACGUUGCUCUCGCGUAGCUAUCACGUCGCUCUCGCGUCGCGUCACAGUCACGUCAUCCGACCAAGGCUUAAGAAACUGACUGUAUAUUUUUUAUCUAGCUCUUCAUGUCAAUUAAGAAUAAACCAUAUCAACAUUGGUUUCUUGAUUUUUGUAAUUAAUUUCAUAGAAACGAACGAAAGAUUUCGAGUUAUAUUCAUUAGUAUAAAAAUACGACUGCUUAUACAUUUCAAUAUCAUUAUACUUUACGCACACGCGUUUCUGUGUAGAGAUGUGUAAGAACUAUCUCCUAAUGUAUAAAAUUAUUAAUGCUAGGUAUAUAAUUAUUUUUUCUGUGAUACAUAGAUUAAAGUGUUUUUGUAAAUAUUAAUUGCUACUAUUGAAAUUGUUAAUAAUGUAUGAUAUAAAUAUGUAAAGCUUUUAAAAUUGUGAAUUUAGUAUUAGUUGGAAAAAGGUUUGUGGUGUGAGAGAUAGCGGUGCGAUUCGUAUGCAACUCUAAAAUGUAAAUUAGUUAAAUUGUACAAAAUACUUUUCUAAAUAAAACGAAACUUUGGCCUAUGUA